AUGGUAGAAGAGGAAUUGGAACUGGAUAGAUUCACAGGUGAUCCAGUAGGUUGCCACAGCCGAUCACGAAGUCCCGGGGAUUCCGCGACCGAGUCGGCCAUAUUCGUGCGGUUUGCGGCUUCCAACGGUCGUCGCAACACUGUUGACGGAGUAACCGAGGCAAAUGAGGUGGAAUGUUGUGCAGAGUUCGAGGUAGAUGGAUUGGAACUGGGCGAUUUGAUAAGGCAACGUGAUUCAAGCAAACGAGCAAGCAGAGAUUUGCCGUUCCAGAUCGAGUCACCGGCUGGAGCACACGUUGGGCCGGAGCUCGGGGAGACAGAAUCCGCGGGGACAGAGGGUUUGAUUGGGAUGUUUGAAGCCGGCAGGGGUGAAUUGUCUGAUCCGUUGGGUAUCGGUUUGUUUUGCUGUAAGAAGUGUGUGAAGCAAUUUAGGUGA